AUGAGUGUCCCGUUGAGUCCUGUCCUCAGCCCGCUGCUGAGCCCCCUCUCCACCCCCCACCCCCCCACCCCCCACCUCACCUGCCUCAACGCCUACUCUGAUUGGCUCGCCGCCCGACACCACGCCAGCCUCCAGCCAAUGACAGAGGACCUGGCACUGUGGAUACACACCUUACUGGGUGUUUCCGUGACGGCGGAUGAUUUGAUUGACAGGCUGGAGACGGGGGUGCUGCUGUGUCAACUAGCGGAGGAGCUGCAGGAGAGGAUGAUACUGGGCAGCAUGGGCAAGCCGUUUAUCCGGCGUGUGAUUCGCUGGCGUGAGGACGCUGCUCCCGCCUCCUUCUUCGCCAGAGACAACAUCGCCAACUUCCUCUACUGGUGCCGCAAGAUCGGGGUGGAAGAACCGUACCUCUUCGAAUCAGAAGACCUGGUGAUGAAGAGGCAUCCCAAGGAGGUGUGUCUGUGUCUGUUGCAAGUCGGAAGGAUCGCCUCCAGAUACGGUGUGGAUGCUCCGGGCCUGGUGAUGCUAGAGAGGGAGCUGGAGAGAGAGGAGGCCGGAGGCUCUCUGUCGCCCUCUCUCUUCUUCCCCUCGCCACUACGCACCCCCACCUCCCCCUCCCCCUCCCCCUCUUCCUCUCCUCUCUUCAGCAGUUCUCCCUCUCCAUCCCCCUCUCCAUCGCCCCCCCUCGCCUCGGUCCCCACCCCUACUGCCGCCUCUACCCCCGCACGCCCCGCUAAGACGCCCUCGCAGGGCAGGAGAAAGGUCCUCCCUCAGAAGAGCCCUGCGGACCAGCUGGACGACCUGGUGCGGCAGAUCUGUGAAAACCCUCCGUGUGUGUGUGCCGUUCGCUUCUGUGUGGAGAAACAGCCUAAAGGUCGCUACCGCGUCGGAGACAAAGUGCUAUACGUCAGGAUGCUGAAUGACAGGCAUGCGAUGGUGCGUGUUGGCGGGGGAUGGGAGGCGUUUGCGUGUUACCUGCAGAAGCACGAUCCCUGCCGUCAGGCCCCUCCCCCUCUCCCUGGGACACGCCCCCGUAGCCGUGGAAACACCAAUAGCAACAGCAGCAGCGUGCGCUCCGUGCGCCUCAAGGACCUAUCAGCUGACACCUACCUGGUGGUGGGAACAAGCCCCUCCCACUUCAGGAAGUAG